CUCCGCUCAGCCCCGGACGGACGCGCCGAGCGAUGGGACCCGCAGCCCCGCUGCUCGCCUGGCUCCUGGCGCUGAGCCUCGGUGCGGCCGCCAGCGACGCCCCGAGCUGUGACCCCCAGGCAGCGCCGAUCGUGGGGGGCUCGGCCCGGGUGCAGCGCCAGGGGCAGAUGCUGGUGUACCAGUGCCCCGCGGGGCAGUUCCCGUACCCCACCCCCAUCCGGGAGUGCCGUUCCAACAGCCAGUGGAGCCCCCUGCGCGCCCCCGGCGGCCGCCCCCUCGCCAAGGCCGAGUGCAGAGCGAUCCAGUGCCCGGGCCCGCUGGAGUUCGACAACGGGCACUUCCACCCCCGCCAGCCACGCUACAACAUCAGCCAGACGCUGACCUUCGAGUGCUUCGAGGGGUACACGCUGCGCGGCCCCCACAACCGCACCUGCCUGCCCAACGGGAAGUGGAGCGGGGGGACGGCCAUCUGCGACGACGGAGAGGGCCAGUGCCCGGACCCUGGUGUCCCCAUCGGGGCGACGAAGGACGGGCAGCUCUACCGGGUGGAGGAUCGGGUCCGGUACCGGUGUGGCCGGGGGCUCGUCAUGUUCGGAUCCAAAGAACGGACCUGCCAGGAGUCCGGCGCCUGGAGUGGGACACAGCCGGAGUGUCGAGACCCGUCCACCUACGACACCCCCGAGGAAGUGUCCUCCGCGUUCAUCGCCUCGCUCUCGGAGACCGUGGAGGUGGCUGAUCCGAACCGGACCACCUCGGAGAACGUGAAGCGGAAGAUCGUGAUCGAGGCCGGCGGGUCCAUGAACAUUUACCUGGUGCUCGACGCCUCGGACAGCGUGGGGGAGGGGAACUUCUCCCGCGCCCGCGACGUCCUGGUCCAGCUCAUCGAGAAGAUCUCCAGCUACGGGGUCUUUCCCCGCUAUGGGGUCUUGACCUUCGCCACCGACCCCCACGUCGUGGUGAGCACCGUGAACGCCCAGAGCAGCGACGCCGACUGGGUCAGCACCAAGCUGGGGGACCUGAAAUACGAGAGCCAUGCGCUGCGCAGCGGCACCAACACCAAGGCCGCGCUGGAGGCCGUGCACAACAUGAUCAUCGAGCAGGAGCAGGACGAGAUUCGCAAGGGCCACAAGGUGGCGCCGGUCGCCAACUCCACCCGCCACGUGCUGGUCCUCAUGACGGAUGGGAACACCAACAUGGGGGGCUCCCCGAUGCCGGUGGUGAGGCAGAUCCGGGAGCUCCUGAGCAUCGGCCGGGACAUCCGCAACCCCCGCGAGGAUUACCUGGAUAUCUACGUGUUCGGGAUCGGGGCCAUGGUGAACGCCGAGAACAUCGCCGAGUUGGCCUCCAAGAAGAGCGGCGAGAAACACGUCUUCCAUAUGCAGGACAUCAGGGACCUGCAGAAGGCCUUCCACGACAUGAUCGACGAGAGCGAGACGCUGAGCAUGUGCGGCCUGGGCUGGGCGCACGAGGAGGCCAACGACUACCAGCGAAACCCCUGGCACGUCAGCAUCAAAAUCGCCCGCCCUGGGAAGGGGCUGGAGUCCUGCAAGGGGGCCCUGAUCUCCGAGUACUUCGUGCUCACGGCCGCCCACUGCUUCGACAUCGACGACCAGGCCCACUGGAUCACCGUGGACGUGGGGAAGUCGAGCUCGGCGAAUCGGGUGGAGAGGCUCUGGAGUCACCCCCAGUACAACAUCGGGAAGCUCCGGGGCGCCGGGAUCCCCGAGUUCUACGACUACGACGUGGCCCUGGUCAAACUCACCACCAAGAUCAAGUUCUCCUUCAACGCCCGGCCCAUCUGCCUGCCCUGCACCGAGGGCACCACCCGCGCCCUGCGCAAGCCCCACCCGGAGACCACCUGCAACGACCACAAGCGGCUGCUGCUGACGGUGGGCGAGGUCCCGGCGCUCUUCGUGCACGAGGGGAAGAAGAAGCUGGAGCGGAAACACGUGAACAUCAAGAACGGGGUGAAGAAAUCAGCCUGCGAGGCGGACGCAAAGAAGGCCCCGAUUUACGCCAACGUGACGGACGUGAAGCAGGUGGUGACGCCCCGAUUCCUUUGCACCGGGGGAAUCGACCCCGUCGUGGACCCCAACACCUGCAAGGGCGACUCUGGGGGCCCCCUCAUCAUCGCCAAGGGCAAACGCUACAUCCAGGUGGGUGUGAUCAGCUGGGGCGUGUUCGACGUCUGCAAGGCCCCCAGCCGCAGGGCCCCGGCCCACGCCCGCGACUUCCACCUCAAUCUCUUCACCGUGCUGCCCUGGCUGCGGGACAAGCUGGCCGAGGAGGAGCUGGGCUUCAUCUGAGGGGGGCCAAGGGGACCCCAACCUGCCCCCAGCCCCCCCGCCACCCUGGAAAUAAAGGUUCAAUUCCCAGCCCUGCUGCACUG